AUGCCCUCAACUCGAGACGCCGCCUUUGAGCGCAACCAGUCCCUGACCGAUAUGUUCCCUGUCAACAAGGACAACGUAGACACCGAGUUCGACAACAGCAGCGAAGACGCGGAAAGCGACGAGUCCGAGAAGAGCCAUGACUACCAACCCAGACUCAUCGGCCAGAAUCCAAUGCAGUACCUCAUAGCCUUCACAUACCCCAACGGUAGCUCAACAUGCUCCUGGGCCCCGCGCGAAGAAUUCCAAGACUGGCUGGUGCAGCAUUGGCUGGAGGUACAGGCAUACGUCAAGCCAUAUGCUAGACAACGCGCUAUCGAGGAAGGACUGUGGUAUGUAGAACUUUACCAGACGAUCCUGGUGCUUGAGAACGCACUGUGGGGCACGAUGAGGCAGGAAAUGACGACAAGUAACGGCGACGCUUUGAAGAGGCAAGUCUGGUCCACGUACGGUGAUGGCGUAGCACGCAUGAUCAUCGGCCAUGAUGAGACGCACUAUAUCAUGCUGGCUCGUGCUCCAGGUUAUGAGCCUGAGGCUUCUUGGGUGGAGAAAGAUCUUAUGCGCGAGGAAUUGCGAGGCGAGUACUGGGCCUGGCCUGACGCGCUCAAAGCUGCUAGAGAGUAUUAUCAGACCGAUGAGACUGAGUUUGGGGCGGAUCUGCUCUUGCUCCGAGCUGAGGGUGUCUGCAUUGCGCUGAGCGGGAAGGUCGCCAGUGAGGGCAUUGUCGCCGUGAUCAGGAAAAGAUAUCCAGACUUGCUCGAUGAAGGACUGGAAGGAAGGGGAGGUGCGAAUCUAGCGCCGAGCGGUGAUUGA